AUGUUCCCCGGAGUCCACUACAUUGUCUACCGCAGGUUGAAGUUUCGUACUUUAUCUCCUCUCAUACCGCCUUGGAUACCUGUGUCUCAUGCCAGAAGCUCAGUAAAGCACUGGAGGAAAACACUCCAACGAGAUCAUGUGACCUCGGAAAUACGGAUAAAGCCACUGCGGAGAGACAAUUGCUGUCUGGCGAAGAAUCUUGCUCCGUGCUGUGGUGUUCCUAUGCGCUUUCAGAAUGAAAGAAGGAUCAGCGACCCCUGCGACUGUUUGGCGGAUUCCCAAGGCGUGCCAAGAAUGUCGCAAACGCAAGGUUCGCUGCGACGGCCAAGAACCGUGAGACGCCGAGCGCUGCCCCGAGCAGACUAUGGACUAAUUGUAUUCAGGUGCAAGACAUGCCUGCAGCGGCAAACCCCAUGCAUCUACAGACAGCUUGUCAGACAACGCAGAAAGAGGAGCGAAAUUGAAAGAGAUGAGCUUUUGCGUCAAGCCUCUGGCACGAAAAGACUCUCCCAGCGACGUGCGCUGUCAUCAGUAUCGAAUUUCUCACGCAGUGUAUCAGCCACACAUAUGGCAUCGCCUUCAUGUGAGAUGCAGCUUUACUAUGGGCCCACGUCCUACUUCUCCUUGAUGCAGCAUAUCUACAGUGACUUGGUAUCUCACCCAGCUGCUUAUCGUGGCCCUACACAAGAAGUCGAAGAAGCAAGUGCUGGACUGGACCUGUUCAGCUUUCGUCGGGUCUUCUUUGGAACCCCAGAGAAAUCGGAGGCCGUAGAUGCAUCGAACAGAGGUGAUAUGUCUUUCACUUUUUUACCAGAUGGUCUGGCGAGGUUCUUUCUCGCACGGUUCCUCUCCACGCUUCAUCAAGUGAUCCCCUAUAGAACCCAGGCCGAUCUCGAGGGCUCCUUAGAUCGGCUCUAUAGCCCGGUUCCCGAUAAUCAUUUAGAUCCAUCAUCACAGGCUACUGUCUUGAUUAGCCUGGCGAUAGCCUCUCUCGGCACGGAGCACUUUGCUUGGGCGGAUAUUCUCUAUGAGCGGGCUAAAGCUUGCCUUGUACCUUAUGACGAUGUGGUGAAUAUUCAAGCCGUCCAAAUAUCCCAUAUGAUGAUAAGUCGGCCAAACGCUGCAUUUUUGCUCCUAGGAACGGCUUCUCGUAAAGCUGUGGCCGCUGGCUUGCACAAAGAAGGCUCUCACAACGAUACCCAGUCUCCGGAGAUCAUCGAAGCACGACGAAUCACUUUCUGGUCCUUAUAUGUCUAUGAAACGUGCGUUCCAUUCUUAAGUUUCUCUCUUGUCGCCCCUAACCUUGGAAACUUUGAUAGGUGGUUUUGCUUUCAUACAGGUCGACCCAAUUCAUUAUUUUCCAAAGACAUAUCAAUAGAGCUUCCAAGGGACCCUUUUGUGAGAUUGCUUGCUCAUCUCUCCAAGACAAUAUCUCGAUCCACCGACGAGAUAUAUGGCCAAUGUCAUGAAUCGUUAUUGCAUAUGUGGCGUGUAGCCCGCUCCAUCGAAAAAGACACCCGCAGCCACGAGGCACAGUUCCAACAGGUCUUUGGAUUUGGGAUAGACGCUGAAAUCAAAACAGGGGCUAUUGGUGUUCGCCAGACUGUUUUCACUUCCCUGUAUUAUCACACCUUGCUGUUGACGUUCCGCCCGUUUCUGAUGUUCCGGGGCCAUUGGCAGCGAGAGAUGCAGGUUCUCACCAAGAAGUCUACCCAUGGGGACCCGCCCCAUUCAGAAACCCCCAGUUGGUUGAAUGAAGCGUGCAAUUAUGCUAUCAACGCUGCUAGAAAAUCGAUCCAUCAUUUGAGUGAAUCAUCAAGAGUGAACGAGCUUGUCAGAGAAUUGAGGUACCAUGGGUAUUUCAUGAGUAGCUCUGCUUUCACGCUAAUUUUUGACUUGAUGCAUGAUCCCAGCGUUGCGAAUGCUCACCUGCCAUGGAUAUAUGCUUCUUUGCAUACUAUGACGACAAUGCGACACGGAGACCCCAUAAUGAGCUCAAUAUCAGCGAUACAGACAACUCUACGCAAUAUCAACCCAUCAUAUGAGUGGGUGCCUCCUUCAAGGAACAAUGGCCAAUCCUAUAGCCAGCCUGAGGGGAUCUCUGCGACUGAAUCGUCUCAGGAUACCAAUUAUUCAGCCGAAAUGUCACUGGCUGCCGAUUCCUUGACUGAACCUACUUUGUCAACACCCCAAUUGGAUGUUUCAGACCUCCAGACGCCAGAUCUCAGCUUGUCCGCUGGCUCUGCCGAUGACCUUUUUGACUUCACGCAAUCAGGUUUAGGCUGGGACCUUGAUUUUUCGACAAUGGACCUGGAAACCUUCUUUUCCAUCAACGAAUUUUCAAAUUAA